AUGAUCUACGGUCCGGACGCAGCCAAAUGUCCGAUAAAGAAGACAGUGAUCAAUGCGGGCAAAGAGCCGCUAAUCGAGUUUUGUGACGAAAUGAAAGUGUUCUUCCAUUUUUUAACAACGACUGAAGACGGAACAGUGAUCGAUGAUUCUCGAAAGUAUAAAAAACCAAUGGAAAUCACCUUGGGUCACAAAUUUAAACUCGAAUGUUGGGAAACAUGUUUAAAGACGAUGCGCCUUGGUGAAAUUGCCAAGUUCUCCGUGGACAAAGACCUUGUCAGCGUUUAUCCAGCGGUUGCUAAACAAAUCCGAGAUUAUUACAGAAAUCAAAUGUCAGACCACAAACAUGAUGAUGAUCAUCAUGAACACCAUCAUUGUUGUGGUUUUAUGGCACUUGAGCAAGGCCUUGGCCAUGAAGACUUAGAUAAGAUCAUGCGACAGCCACAAUCGCUAGACUUCACAUUUGAAUUAAUCAAAGUUUUACGGCCGGGUGAAUUUGAAAAGGACACUUAUUUGUUAAAUGACGAAGAAAAAAAACGACAAAUACCCGAGUUGAAAUUAGCCGGAAACAACCUCUACAAUGCCGGACAGUUUGCCGAAGCAGCCAGUAAAUAUGGACAAGCCUUACAGUUCUUCGAAGAUCUCAUGCUCAAAGAAAAACCUAACGAUGACGAUUGGCGUGAACUAGAUACUCAACGUCGUCCGUUACUACUCAAUUUUGUUCAAUGUCAACUGAAGCUAGGCAAUUUCUAUUCAGCUAUUGAGCAUGCAACAACGAUUCUCGAUAGUGACCCAUCGAAUGUCAAAGCACGAUAUCGUCGUGCAACAGCACACGUGGGUGUGUGGAAUGUCGAAGAAGCAAAGAAAGAUUAUAACUAUCUUCUUGCAAAUAUCAAGGAUGACAAUAAUCUUCGCGCAUUAGUUCAGAACGAAUUACAACAAUUACAUCAAGCUGAACAAGACAAAUAUAAAGAAGAGAAAUCUCGUUUAUCUGGAAAACUUUUUACUUAA